CCCAGAUAAAGGAAUAUUUAUUAUCCAAAGUGAAGACUUCAACCUUUGCAUUAAAGCAGAUACAUCCAGACUUGUUCUUGAAGACUGCAAUCAACGUUCCAACUAUAUGUUGUGGAAAUGGGUCUCUAAUCGUCAUCUUUACAAUGUAGGCACAAGCACUUGCCUAGGACUCAACUUCAGUAAGCAAGAGCAACCAUUAAGUAUGUUUGAAUGUGAUUCUACUCAGCAUUCGUUAUGGUGGAACUGUAAUGGAAAGGUGGUGGUUGGUGCAUCACAGUACCACUUAUCUGCUGAAAACGGCAAUCAUAUUGUGGCAAAAAGAAUGUCUAACCAUAAGUGGAAGCAGUACACAUCCGAUGAUGAAGAUCUUUGUGAGCAUCCAUUUGAAGAAACAUAUACCCUGUUGGGAAAUUCUCUUGGUCUUCCUUGCAUUUUUCCAUUUCAGUACAACAAGAAGUGGUAUUAUGAAUGUACCAGGGAUGGAAGGGAAUUUCACUGGUGUGCCACCACAAGUCGGUAUGAACGAGAUGAAAAAUGGGGGUUUUGCACAAAUUCUGAGACUGGCUGUGACACUUUUUGGCAGAAGAAACAAGACACACACAUUUGUUACCAGUUCAAUAUUUUUUCUGUUCUUCCUUGGAAUGAGGCACGUGCUGCAUGUCAGACACAAGGAGGAGAUUUGCUAAGUAUCACAGACAUGGAAGAACAGAAGUACAUAAGUGACCAAAGUGAGAAGUUAAACAUUACUGAAAUUAUGCUAUGGACAGGCCUGAAUCAACUGGAUGCAGCUGCUGGCUGGCAGUGGUCAGAUGGAGCACCAUUGGCAUUUGUGAACUGGAGACCAAGCUCUGCUGAGGAUUCAUUUAGAGAAAAUCACUGCAUGGCACUUAAUCCACAGAUGCAGUAUAGCUGGCAAAAUAAAAUAUGUGAAUCUGGAUUUCCUUUUAUAUGCAAAAAAAAUUUAAAUAGUACAGAGCAUAAAACAUUUGAAGAUUCAUGGAAGUAUUAUCCUACCCGCUGUGACACUGAUUGGUAUCCUUAUAACCGCAACUGCUAUAAACUUCAUAAAGAGGAAAAGAGUUGGAAUGAUGCAGUACUGUCUUGCCAAAAUGAUAAUAGCAAGCUCAUUAGAAUAACUUCCUUGGCAGAUGUUGAGUUACUUGUUAACCUUCUUGAAGUUGAAAAUGUAACUGAGAUAUGGAUUGGCCUGAGCAGCAACAAAACCCCAAUUGUUUUUGAAUGGUCUGAUGGCUCCUUGGUAACCUUCACCUCAUGGCACCAAGAAGAACCUAAUAUUUUUCAAAGAACAGCUCCAUUUUGUGUUUCAGCACAAGAAGUUGAUGGACACUGGAAAAUUAAAAAUUGUGAAGACAGAUUAUUUUACUUAUGUCAAAAAGCAGGCAAGUUUGAAAAUGUCACUUCUGAGAAGGAAUCGGGGUGUCUAGAGGGAUGGGAAAGACAUGGUGGAUUUUGUUAUAAAAUCGACAAUACCCCACGAAGUUUUGAACAUGCUUCCAGUGGUUAUUACUGCCCGCCUGCACUUCUAACAGUAAAAAACAGGUUUGAACAAGCUUUUAUCAACAGUAUAAUCUGUGGAAUGGUGAAAACUGAGGAAACUUAUUUUUGGAUAGGACUACAAGACCUUAACAAUACUGGAGAAUACUCUUGGCUAAUGACAGAUGGAAAGUAUCAGCCUGUGAGCUAUACAAACUGGAACAAGUAUCAGCCACGCCAUUCUGGACAGUGUGUUGUUAUUCGAGGAGGGCAAUCUCUUGGAUUUUGGGAUGUGAAAAGCUGCAAAAGCUUCAAAGCUAUGUCACUGUGUAAGCAGAAAAUCAAAUCAUACGAAGAAACCGAGCCUAAGUAUGGAAGGCCUGUCACUUCUUGUUACUUUGGAUGGGAAUCAAAUUCUAAUCUGCUCAACUGCUACAAGAUAUUUCACAGUGAAAAAGUCCUGAAGAAAAGAACAUGGGGUGAAUCAGAAGCAUUAUGCCAAGAUUUUGGAGCACACCUUGCCAGUUUUACCCAUGUCUACGAAGAGGAAUUUUUGAAUAAUUUAUUAAGCAUGAUAUUUGAUCGGGCUGAAGAAAGACAGUUCUGGAUUGGAUUUAAUAAAAGAAAUCCGUUGUCUGGAGGAUCAUGGCAGUGGUCUGAUGGAACUCCUGUUGUAUCUGCAUUUUUGGAGAACAAAUAUUUUGAGGAUGAUUCAAGAAAUUGUGCUGCAUACAAAGCAAAUAAAACAGUUUUGCCAGUAAAUUGCAAUGAACAGCGUGAAUGGAUAUGCAAAAUACCAAAAGGCAUUAGACCAAAGAGUCCAGAGUGGUACAUACAUGAACCAUCAUGGUUUUAUUAUCAAGGAGCAGAAUACCUUUUUCAUGAAAGUCCCUCAGAAUGGGCCGCUUUUGAGUUUGUCUGUGGGUGGCUUCAUAGUGGAAUAGUGUCAAUACAUUCCUCUGAAGAACAAGAGUUUAUUCAUCAGAAAAUUAAAAAGCUGUCAAGUAGUGAUGAUGCUCAUUGGUGGAUUGGACUAGGCUCAGAAGCUCCUAGUGAUAGAUUUCGCUGGAGAAAUGGGUUACCAGUAACAUAUCAGAAUUGGAACAAAAUGAGAGACGAAUCUGUGCAUACACAAGAAGGAAGAUGUGUCUUCAUGUCAUCGCAGACAGGACUCUGGGGGUAUGAAAACUGUACUGUUUCUCUUCCUUGUAUUUGUAAGCGUAAAACUGUAUGGAAAAUAGAAAGAGAAAUUCCAAAAGAUCAGAACCAGCAAGGAACGUGUCCCAAAGGUUGGCUGCACUUUGGAACCAAGUGCUUUUUAAUACAAAUUCCAAAGGAUCCAAGUCAGCUCAGAAGUUGGUAUUCUGCCCAGGAAUUCUGCAGUAAAUCUGAUGGGUCACUCGCUUCUAUUGGAAAUGAAAUGGAGCAAGCUUUUAUAACAAUGAAUCUGUUUAGACAUAAGACUAAUGUUUGGAUAGGUCUGAAGGGUGAUGAUUAUAUGAAAAUGAAGACAGAAAAAUCUGAAGCAUACUCCAACUGGUCUCCAGUUGAAGUAAUCCAUGGCCAUCAUUUUAAGAUAUCUAAUAUCCAAGAAGAUGAAUUGUGUACUUUGGUAUCAAAUAACCCUAAUUUUUAUUUCACGGGAAAAUGGUACUUAGAAAGUUGUGAGAAAACUAAUGGUUUUAUCUGUCAGAAGACUCAAGAUAAAUCCAGACGUUCUAUAAAUGGAUCUGAGAUGUACCCAAUACCUGGCACUUUAGAAUAUGGAAACAAAACAUACAUACUAAUAUAUGAGAAUUUGACUUGGUAUGAUGCUUUAAAAUCUUGCAUGGCAAAAGGAGCUGAAUUGGUCAGCAUUACAGAUCAUUAUCACCAAGCCUUCCUCAGUGUCGUUAUAAACCGACUAGGAUAUCCCCACUGGAUUGGACUAUUUACCUCAGAUAGUGGACUUAACUUUAAAUGGUCAGAUGGAACUAAGUCUUUCUUUUCCUUCUGGAGAGAGGAGGAGUCCCAGUCUUUUGGCAGCUGUGUUUUUGUUGAUAUUAAUGGGCACUGGGAAAGUGCUAACUGUGAAAGACGUCUACAAGGAGCCAUUUGUCAUGUGCCAAAUAAAAAGAAAAUAAUUGAAUACAAAGGCCUUUGUUCAGAAAAAACUGUCCCCUGGUUAAAAUUUAAAAACAAUUGCUAUAGCUUUUCCACGGUUUUCAAGAGUACAAGUUUUGAUACAGCAUAUGAAUCCUGUAAAAAGCAAGGAUCAAAUCUUUUAACUAUUAAAGAUGAAGAUGAAAAUGCCUUUCUUCUAGAGGAACUGCACACUUAUGGUUCUUCUGUCCAAAUGAUUUGGUUGAACAUUCUCUUUGUAAAAGACAAUGACACGGUUGCAUGGUUUGAUGGUUCUCCUCUAAAUUAUUCAAACUGGGGCAUCAGGGAGCCUGAACUAAGUCAUCUCAAAGGCAAUUUUUGCAUUGCUUUGAGGACCAGAGAUGGAGUAUGGCAGUUAACUUCCUGCAAAGAGAAUAAGGGAUUUGUAUGUAAAAUGGAUACAGAUAUUGAUGAAACAGAGCUAACUGUGAAACCAUCAUACCGUGGAACUGUAGCUCUCGUCAUAAUAGUAAUACUGGUGAUGGUGGCCGCUGUUCUAUUUGUAUUGUACAAAAAGAAAAAUAGUCUCUUCAGUAGAAUAUUGUGGGCCAGAAAUGCCUAUUAUUUUCAAAAUAUAUCGGAAGGUCCUACUUUGGAAGAAAGCAUCCUCAUUUCUGAUCUUGAGAAAAAUAAUGAUUAUUAAUUGUUCCAGAAGGAACAUAUCAAUUGAAUUUAAUGUUGAUGAUACAAAGAAGCUCUACAGUUUAGUUCAUUUUAUGAACUGGUUGCCACUGAGGACCAGAUCGUCCUCCAUCUUUUUUGCAAGGGACAAGCUAAAGAGUGGGAAAUUUCCACUUAAAUUGCCAACAGCAGUCAAAAGGAGGGGGGCUGGAGCCAAAACAGCAAUGUGUUACCCUUUUUCUGCCCCCAUGGAAGCUUCUUCUUGUGAAUUCUGUGCAGAAGCACUUCUGCAGAUGGGACAAGAAUGGCAGAGAGGCUGUGAAACCUCAGAACAUCCACUCUAUGCAAAUUCAUCCCAUCAGCAUUGACUCUGGUGGGAGGGUUGUGCCCCACUGCUGGAAACCUGCUUGGACGGUGGAUUUUUCUAGUCAAAACAGGCUUUUUUAAAAGGUAGGCUACCCUAGUUCGUAGCUCAGAAGUCAUCAUUCUCUGUGAUGGUGCAAAAAAUAAAAUGUUUGCUGCCACGUCUUUUUACAGAUUUCAAGUAUAAAGGGUUCAAUACUGUCAUGAUUAAAGUCAGUAGUGAAUCUGCCAUUAGCAUCAGUGGCAGAGGACCAGGCCUGGCCUGGCCUGUUCUAAUUUGAUUUUGACUCAAUACAGCGGUGCUAAGUAAAUAGUUCUAAGAAUAUCAGAGACUCCAGCCCCUAUGGGGAAAAAAAUCUUAAAAAUCAUAACACCACCACAGAUUAUAGAAACUGCUGCAGGAGUCAAUGCUGCAUAAACCCUCUGGCUCAAAGGCAGCAAAGGUUUUUAUUUCCUGAACUUUAUAUUUUCAAUAGCUUUUUUAUUUCCGUUUACGCAAGAAGUAGACUCUGCCCAUAGUUUAUAUGAAAUUCUUGUCCUGAAUUCAGGAACCCGAAAACAUUCUGAUAUUAUAAAAGCCUAAGUCUGUCUGUCUGUCUGCCCGUAAUUCUUUAUUCGCACUCUAAUUGGCUGUCUCAGAGUGCCUUACACAGACAGAGAAAGACAGUGAAGUGCUGCCAUGACAGUGGGGACUGAGGGACCAAAGGGGAGGGUGGCGAGGCCAGCAGAGCUGCUGGCCUCGCCCCCCUCCCCUGCUCCUUGGAGGCAUAGGGAGACAAUGAGGACUGGAGUACCACCAUGAUGGAGCAGGGGCCAAGGCCAGCAGUGCUGGCCUCACCCCCCUGGGUCUGCUUCUUGGAGCCAGGAGCUGGCGCCCCCCCCCCCAACAGCCAGCAGGGCAGGGAGGUGGCGGGGAACAGGGGAGGGAGUAGAGAAGGAAGGGACGGGAGUUACUGGUGACUGCACCCCACUGCCACCACGAACACCACCAUGGUCAUGGGCCUCAGCCCCAGCCCGAAGCAGCAGGGGGAGGCGAGGAGCAGCCCUGGCCCCCAGCCCGAAGUGACAGCGGGAGGCGGGGAAUGGGCCAGGUCCCAGCCCCUGCCCAAAGUGGUGGGGGGAGAGGGAAACGGCCCCAGCCCGAGGUGGGGUGGAGGUAAGGGACGCAGGCUUCUGUCCCCACCCGCCCCACCCCCCGUUUUUAUUGACAGGCAGUUGGCUAGUAAUCACAUAAUUGCCAGAAUAGCUAGAUCGUUGCUAACACCGGAGUCCCCUUUAUGGAUUUCGUACAGGUGGAGAAAGGUAGCCAUUCUAGAUUUGCUUUGUUGUCUAGUUUGUGUAAGUAUCUUUGCCAGAUUCCAACCAAAUUAGAAAGUACUUUAUAUUUUCAAAAAUAAAUUUAAAGGGAAAAAGUAGAGAUGUCAGAAUUGACCAAUUUAACUUAUUAUUCCUACCUCAUUGCAAUAAAAUUAAAAGUUAAGAUUUAGAAUGGUUACUUUGACAUUUUAAAGAUGACAGAAUAACUGGAGUUGCUUGCAGUGUCCUGUUAAGGACAAAACUGUGAGGUGGCAUACCAUCAAAAAAUGGCUACUUUCUUUGAUUGCAUAUUUAGUCAAUAUCUAUAUGAAGAAAAUUAUUAUAAUCAGUGUUGCUAAAGCUCUAAUAACACAUUGCUUUGCUUCUCUUUUACAUAAGGAAUUACUUUUACACUCUUGAGACCAUGUCCUCAAAAGUUAAGUAGGAUAUGUAGCAAAUAUAUAUGUGUGUCUCCGAAAGAUGAUUGUUGUCUCUACCCAAAUGGUAAAUUAAUGAUUUAAUAGACUGUCACAUGGAGCUGAAGUUCUUUACUUUCCUUGUUCAUGGUAAAGUACUAACAAAGUGGUCUUCCAGUCAGAAAAAAUGUAUUAAAAAAUGGCUUGAGGCUACAUGUUUUCUCACAAAAUUUCAUUGGGAAGGUGUUCUGCAGCCUGGUGGUGGAACGCUGGUUUGGAAUGCAGAAUACCCGAGGUCAAGUUCCUGUUUUUCCUCAGUGAGAGUGAUCCGGAAUGAAAAUCUGCUCUGCUUCAUAUAGAGCGGGGCUUGAACCUAGAUCUUUACAUCCCAAACCAAGACCUUACCCACCAGGAACUAGAUGGAACAAAACUAAAUUUUCAAACCUCAUUGGUUGCCACAAAAUGAAAUGGCUGUCUUUUGGUCAGCUGUAGUCAUUUUAGCAAGUGUGAAUGCACCAAAUGAGAUGUCAAAGGGGGUGUCUGGACAUGCGUGGACAUUUGGUUCCCCCGGGACAACUAGCAGCGGUGCACCUUGCACUGCAGCAAUUUGUCUCCAGGGAAGGCCUGUGCCACACGUGCUUUGGCAUGCGGCAAGUUGCCCUGGGUUGGGUAGGGGAGGCCGCGGCCAGCACUGGGCUGGCCACAUGAGCCUUACCUGUGGUCCUGGGGGCCUCCCAAGGCUGCAGCCACAGCAAUUCUGCCUCACAGAGCCUGGCUGGCAGCAGAGCGCAGCUCCGAGUGGCCUGGCUCCGCUUUUAGCAGUGCGCGCGCAGCACACAUUUGGGCAGCACGCCCUUGCAGUGCAGAGAACACUGGACUGUGUGGUAUGUGGUGCUGCAAACAUGUUUGCAGUGCCACAUACCACACAACUGCGCUCGUCUGGACAUGCCCAAAGUACAUCAAAUACCUACCUCCACCCUUGUGAAUAGCUCUUCAUUUUUGAAAAAUGUGAAAAUCAAUAAAAAUGCUCAUAUCGGCCCUUCUGCAAGUGCCAAAACAUGAAGAUGCGUCUGUGACAAUCAAGCUGACAGACCAGCUCAGCUGGAACUUGCUUUAUAGUAUAUAUAUGCAGAAAAGGAUUACUUUGUUUUGAAUUUAUACUUGAAUGUAUCCGCGCAACCCAAGUUUUUUAGCAGUUGUAUUUAAAAAGCAUUAGAAAUUGAGCACAGUUAGGCUUUGGCACUCUUACCAUACACUAUUUGUGCCUGUUUACAGUUUAUAGCAUUUACAGAGAUAAAAAGAUUAGUCAAAGUGGUUUUGGAGAACACUGGCCCUAAUUUCAUGUAACUGUCACUUUCAUUAGUUUCUCUGGAGGUAACUAUUCCAGAUACUUACCUAGAUGAAAUGUUAAUUAAAUAUUUACAUAUUUUAUUAAUGGUUUUUCAUUCUCUUUGUUAGUCCUCAGCAGUGUUUACAAAGUUGGACCUUAGUCCAAAAAGAUUUGUGUGAUUGAUGCUAUGCUUGUGAGUAGUCCAGUGCGUUGGCAGAUUGGGAAUUUAGAAUACAGCAGUCAUAUCUUUACCUGGUAUAAAUUUCUAUGGCUCCACUGAGGACAGUUUUGCAAUCUGAAUUGACCUUUAAAGUUCAUAUAAGUAACCCUGCUGUAACCUUGUUGAAGUUUGUGGGACUAACUGCACAAGUAAAUAUUUGCAGAUAUGAAGCUAGAAUUUCAGCUGACAUAACUUCUCAGUGAAGCUAUGAUAAGUUACAGGAUGUGUUGUAAAUUUUAUUUGAGAUUCCCCUAAAAUCCUUCCUAUUCAGAUAUCCAUUGAAGGAAUCUGAAUUCAGCCAUCUAACUCAAGCAACACUUCCAAGACAUAGUAAUUGUCCUUGGGUUAAACAAGCUCUGAAGACACGUCAUUUACUAGCCUGGAGAGCUGUUGUCAAGUUAACAGGAUAUACCUCAGAAUUGCAUAUUUUUCUUUAAGGUGUUUUUGCCAAAUUUGCCUAGGUAUUUGUAACUUUCUUUCAAGCAGAUUGCAAAUGUUUUUAUAAUAUUUCUUUGAAAUGAACAUUUUCAUAUAAAUGUGCUAAAUUCAAAAUUGUGCAUGUUGACUUUGAUGUGAAUAACCUCAAAAUAAGAGGGAAAUUCAGAGAGUGUUCUCUUCAUUCUUUCUUUAGAGGUGCGAAGGGCUUGGCUCUUAAACCAUCCUUUAAAGCAGGUGUCAGUAGCCUUUCCAAGAGGCCUCGAAGUCUCUGCCCCUUCCCUGCUUCAAAUGGCUGGCUGCCAGAUUCCUCACCAGCAGGCUCCUCAGUGUAUGG